AUGACUAAGCGAUCGUUUGAAGUUCUUAUUGAUUAUAGAGGACUCGAGGAAGCUAUUGAAAACAUUUUAAAUGAAAAGGAUGAUCCUAAUGUCAGUUACGAUAAAGUGGCCAUUCCCCCAGACCCCAUUGUAAAGAUGAAGACGAUGAAGGUGGCUAGUACUCCUGAAAUGCAAUUUGAUGUCCAACCUAAAAACCAAGAAACAGAUAUAUUAAAUUACAGUAUAGAAAUGGAAAACUAUACUUCUAAGAAGAAUAUCCAAAUUGGACGGAGAAUUAUUAACGUUUCCCAUUUUUUAGAAAAGAUAAAUGAGAUCUCAAAUCACGGACCAUUAGACUGCGGACUAUCUUGUAUCGAAUUAGUUGGCGAAAAGAUUCACGACAAAAGUAAAAAGAACGACAAAAGUGAAAACAAAGACAAAAUCGAAAACAGGGGUAAAAUCGAAAAGAAAGAAAAAAGCGAAAGCAAAGAUAAAGAUAACGACAAAAUUAUGCCAAUCCAAAAUUAUGACGAAAAUUAUUCACAACAAAUAUCAACGUCUACACGUUACUUAGAUUUUAGUAGAUUUUAG